GUAGCAAAAUUUCUUUCAAUCUUGCGAAACAGAGUCAAUAUAUACAAUUCCUUUGAUUUGUUUCUGUGACAUAGUAUGACAUCAACUUUAUAAAGUAAGUUUAUGAUUUAUUUUUGUACACAUAAUAUUUUAACAAAGUAUUUCAUUGAAAAUUUAAUUAUGUAAGAGUUUAAUGCCAGUUAACAAUGUUUAUAUUUAAUUCGAGUAUCCUUUUCUUAGCUUCUGCUUAAAGUUACAAUUUAAUAUAAUGUAGUUUUUACACAAAAUUUAAUCAAAUUUAUAACUAUGUAUUGAUUAAAAAAUAUUAUAAAUGUAACUCGAAAAUCAAAAAUGUUUCACUAUUUUAAAGUACUAGUUCAAUAAUUACUAUUGAUAAAAUAUAGUUUGCCAGGAUUAACUUUAACAUUCAGUAUUAAGAAAUUAGUUAAUCACACAUCCCCUCAUCAUAAUGACAUCAAAAUGAUCAUGUAAUAAAAAUAGGAAAAUAUAGAAACAUAUAGAUAAAAGGAGAAAAAAAAAUCUAUAAAAUUAUAAAUAUUAAUUGAUAUCUACCGAAAAUUAUGUAAACUUUCCAAAUUGGCUAUCCUGUACUCAGGCUAUCCCGUACUGUUCUGUUCUAGGACAUCAAGGUCAGUUAAGUAACAUGAAGAAGUAUGUGAACAAAUUAUUUUGGCAGCUGACUGAAACAAUUUUCCAUUUUACUAUUAUAUUACAGAAUGUUUCAAGAACCAGACUACAGAGAAAACCUAUCAUUGGCGUUAUCAGAGGUUUUACAUGACAUUGGUGUCAAUGAAAGAUUAGUGAUGAGAAGGAGAAGACAUUUCAUGCUGGAGGAGACUAUGCAGAAUAUCACUAUCAGGUUCAUUGAUAGAAACAUGACUUGCUAUCAACUAGGGAGUCAGAGUGAAGGUACAACUACUAGAGGACUUCACUCAGAUAGUGAUGUACUAUUCUGUUAUCAUGAAUUCAAUAUAAUACAGGACUGGUCAGAGUGGGAACAUGGCAAGAAAAACUAUCUCAUGAUACAGGAUGAGAGCACUACCCCUGGUUAUUGUUUCUUACAACUGCUCCGACCUGAUAUACCUCUUCCUGUUACAGUCAUUCCUAAUGAACACUAUAUAAAUGAUAGAAGUGGAAGAAUAUUGUUAAAAAACACAUUAUAUAUUGCUGUCAUUCAGGAUGCUGUAGUUCAUGGACCAUCAAUUGCUAGACAAGGACAGGAUGGAUUCUGUGAUAUGGACUCUGUGCCAGCUUUACCUUGUAAAUCGUGGCCUCAAUCAGCAUCAGAUUGGUUAGAUAGACAAGGUAUUGGUAGAUGGCCAACACAAGACAUGAGAAGAUAUGCAGUCAGUACUAGGUGUUUUGUUGUUGCAACUGGAAGUAAGGUCAGUGAAUAUCCUGAUCUGGAAUGGAGAAUAUCUACAUCACUGGCAGAAAAACAUCUUAUGUUCAAUCUAAAUAUUACACAAAUAAGGUGCUAUGUAUUAUUGAAAAUGAUUCUUAAAUCCUUCCUUAAUCCUCAAGGGGAAAUCAACAUAUCAAGCUUCAUGUGUAAAACAGUUCUAUUACACUGUAUAGAAAACACAGAGUCAAGUAUAUGGAAAGAGAACAAUUUAUUUAUAUGCUUAACAUACUGCUUAUUAGAAUUACAUAGCUGUGUACAGAAUGACCAUUGUUCACAUUUUAUUAUCCGAGAAAACAAUUUGAUGGCAGGGCAAUUUACAGCUGAAAAAAAACAUGAACUUUCAAAAAAUAUAAGUGAUUUUUUACAGAAUGACAGACAAAUGUUACUUAGAAUUGAAAUCGAUGAUCUUGGCUAUAGAUUGCAAGUUAAACUGAACAUGGUACCACAUGGAGCAUAUUAUUAUCAAUCUUCUCUUGCAAUGCAUGAAUUUUAUAUGACCGAAGAAUAUUUAAACACAGCACACAAUACAAGCCUAACUCAUGUGCACAUUUUAAGACAUUUACACACAAAAAACAUUAGAACAAUGAAGCAUUGUAUCGGUAAACUAAUUACUAUCAAUGUUAAUGGUAAUAGAUUAGAAAAGACUGCAUUCAAGUUUAUGGCACCUUUUCUUUUUACCACAUAUGGAUCUAUCCUAGCAUCAUCUAGAAUUAGUGAAAAUAAUCAAGUGUCACCACAAGCAUUGGUUUGGUUAUCAGCUGGUUUGAACUCAGAUAUCUCAUCUAGCAGACUUAAAUUGGCUUCUGUGUUCUACUGUACAGGAGAUAUGGAGAGAGCUGAACUAAUUCUGAGACACAUUGAACAACAAUACUACUCUUACCCUGUUGUACCUAUUUGUGGCUGCUUGAAUAAUCCUCCAUCAGCAGUAACAGAAGAAUACAUGAGGAUAUGUGGUGAACAAAGUGAGGACUGUAUCAAACAUAUUACAGCCUUUUGUGUCAGAUUUAUACCAAAAGAGAUGAACUGUACUCCUCAUGAACUACAAUAUGAAAUGUUCAGAUCUACACAAGAUGACAUGAUACACAGAGUUCAGUAUGCAGACUAUUGGAUGGACUGGGCUGUAGUUGAUUCUCUACCUUUCCUGUACUUCCUACAAUAUAAGAUCUUCAGUCAUCUACAAAGAUACCAAGAUAAACAACAAUCACUUAGUAAACUUAUAAGAACCAUAGUAACGGAUAUUAACCUUAAACAUAGAGAAACAGCUCUAAACAUCUUAGGACAAUGUAUGGAACAAGAAAACAGACCUCAUGAAGCAUUAAAAUGCUAUAUGCUUUCUCUUCAGCAAAGGGCAAGAAACAAUGUAGCAAACUUUCAUAUAUGCAAACUCCUUUCUGGGGUAUUGUCUGACCAAUAAAAGAUGUGGUCAAAAGCAGACAGUAUUAACCCUUUCGCUGCCAGAGGGUUAUUGUUUUUUUGUUUACUUAUUUGCCAGAGGAUUUUCUAAGAAAUUACUAUAUUAGUAAUUAAUAUAAUUAUUAUUAUUUGUUAUUAUUAUUAUAAUAAUUAUAUAUGUUUUCAAAUCUGUUAGUAUAAUAAUAAUUAUUGUUGAUCGUAUAAUUUUCUUUAUAUUUGUUAUUAUUUUUAUUAUUAUUAUUAUUAAUUUAUUAUUAUUACUAUUAUUAUUAUAGAAACGGCUAAAGCCGUCCAUAUGGCAAAUACGCCGAAAAUAACAGGGACGGCUUAAGCCGUCCCUAUGGCAGUGAAAGGGUUAAGAAUUGAAUUUCUACUGAUCAAAAUUAUAACUCUUGUGUGUAUCAAGCUGAUGCAAAUGUCAAUAUAAUUUGUGCUUUCAUAA